AUGAGGGUUGCAGAGAUUCUAUCCGACAUCACCUCUCUUCGUGUUUGUGGUCACAAUGAAGCUCUUGCCCUGGUCAACGUACACAAAAACGUCUCGGAUCGAGAUUCCACCGAGCUUGGUAGUGCGUCGGCAGAUAAGAGCCCGGCUCAAGACAGGGAUGAUCUCCGCCGCGCGAAGGAGUUGGUCGAGCUACACUAUGAAGUGAAGGCGCGACAUUCCAAUGGAACAGUUGAUGAAGAAUUGAGUCUUGCUCGCCAAGAGGUUCAGCGAGUUUUGAAUGAGUUGACAAAUGUUCGGUCCUAA